GAUAGAUUGCAUUCAUCUCUGACAGAUUGAAUUUCCUCUGGCGCCUUUGGCACUGAAGGAGAGAUGCUACCUUGGGCCCAGUGUGCAAGCGGGUGGCCUCUUAUUAUAGACUCGAACAGCAGCCUUUCUCACCACGUGCCCAUGGCGUCGCUGCCGAGCUGCUGAUUCUGCGCUUCUAUGGACCUGAUUGCUUUGGGUGCAUUGUGAGCGAGAGGUUGUGCGUGCUGGCCGCUAUGGAGGCUGUGCUUCAAGAAAGGGUGGCUGCAUCUCUGCAGCAGUAUAUGCUCCCAAAUGCAACCUUCCUGUGCGAGCGCCUCUGCGCAGGCUUUCCAACCGAGGCCAACAAGCAGCUCCUUGCUUCGUGCUACUUUCGGGCCAACCAAGCAUUCCGGGCAUUCUAUGUGCUGCAAGGGCUCAAAUCCCCCGAGUCGCGCUACCUAUACGCGCUGUGUUGUUUCCAGCUCGGCAAGCUGCCGGAGGCGGAGGCGGCGCUUACGGGAGACCAUUACUCCGCAGGACAGGUGGUCAAUGGCGCAGCUGGGCACUACCUGCUCGGCCUCAUCUGCAAGCGCUCUGAUCGACGAGAGACAGCGGUACGGCAUUUCAGCCGUGCGCUAGCUCUAGACCCCCUGCUGUGGUCCGCGUUUGAGGAGUUGUGCAACCUGGGGGCUCAUGAAGCUGCCGGGGCUCUGUUUGGCGAUUCUGCGGUGGCGGCCCUCUCUCAGAUAUACGCCCAGCGGCUCUCCGAGGCUGGGCCCAGGCCUGCGACCGACAGCGCAGCGUUCCAGUUUCCGGACCUUGCACGCAUGGACGCCGCAGCCACAGCCACGCCAGGCUUCGUGACCCCUGCUGCCAACGGCCCCUCUCUGGUUACCCCCUCUGUUGACACCGCCACUCCGUCUUCGUUCACUACUCCGGUCAUGCCCGGAGCGCACGCCCCCGCAGCAGGCCGGGCCGGCCCUUCCAGUACGGACGCCGCGCCAGAAAGCACCCCCGCGCGAGGGGCCGCUGUUCCGCCGCCCGUGCCGGGGCAAAGGAGAAAGUUCGUGGACGAGGGCAAGCUCAGAAAGGUGUCGGGCCGCCUCUUUUCCGAGCCGCCCCUCUCCUCCGUGCGGCGGAGCUCCCGAAUAUCCGCCCACCAAAACGCGUCAGACGCUUCGCAUAGUAACGGGUCGGGCGGGGAGGCACUUCCGGGGGGCAGCCGGCAAGACGGGGGCCACCACCGAGGGCAGAGGCAGUCGGGCAGCCAAAACGGCGAUCGGGGUAGGGAGCAGCACGAGGACGACGAGCAGGGGGCAACGAGCGCGCGGCGGGGCAGGAGGAGUGAAAGCCGCGAGGACGAGGCCGGCGCGGGCCCCAGCAGCGAGCACAGCAACGGUGACGUCAGCCGGGCUGCGGUGUGGCUGGAGGGCGCGCGGCAGCUGUUGGCGCUGCUGCGGCAGCUGGGGGAGGCGUACCGCCUGCUGGCCAUGUACCGCUGCAAAGAAGCCGCCGCCGCGUUCGGCCGCCUGCCGCAGCAGCACUACGCCACGGCAUGGGUGCUCUGCCAGGUGGGCCGCGCGCACUUCGAGAUGGUGGACUACAAGGAGGCGGAGCGCGCCUUCAGCUGGGCCCGCCGCCUCUGCCCCCACCGCCUCGAGGGCCUCGACGUCUACUCCACCCUCCUCUGGCACAUGAAGAAGGAGGUGGAGCUUAGCUACCUCGCGCAGGAGGCCAUCGCCCUCGACCGAAUGUCGCCCUACGCCUGGUGCGUGCUGGGCAACUGCUUCAGCCUGCAGCGCGAGCACGAGGCGGCGGUGCGCUUCUUCCAGCGCGCGCUGCAGCUGGACCCGCACCACGCGUACGCGCACACGCUCGCGGGCCACGAGCACCUCUCCAUCGAGGACUGGGACGAGGCGCUCACCGCCUUCCGGGCGGCCAUCCGGCUGGACGCGCGCCACUACAACGCGUGGUACGGGCUGGGCACGAUCUACUACCAGCAAGAAAAGUUCGAGCUGGCGGAGUACCACUUCCGGCGCGCGCUGUCCAUCCACCCCGGCUCCUCCGUGCUGCACUGCUACCUGGGCAUGAGCCUGCACGCGCUCAAGCGCGACCGCGAGGCGCUGCAACUGCUGGACGCCGCCAUCGCUAAGGACGCCAGGAACCCCCUCCCCAAGUUCGAGAAGGCGGCGGUGCUGUUCAGCCAGGACUUGUAUGAGGAGGCGCUUGCGGAGCUGGAGGCGCUCAAAGAGGUUGCGCCAAAAGAGGCCAGCCUCUACUUCCUCAUGGGCAAAAUUUUCAAGAAGCUGGACAACCCGGACAAGGCCAUGCUCAACUUCAGCACCGCUCUUGACCUCAAGCCUUCCAACGCCGACGUCAACCAAAUCAAGGCUGCAAUCGAGAAGCUCAGUGUUCCAGACGACGGUGAGGGUGAGGAGCUGUAGGCAUGCUCUCCUCCUGGGCGUUGAGCGAGUUUGUCUCCUAGGUCCGGCCUGACCAGCCUACGUUGAGACACUGGUCGUUUAACAACGUCCUUGCGGCUUAGGCCGUACUGUUCCUCAGAUUUUGAAGUGCACUUCUGGAAUUGAAGAAGCCCGAU